AUGGUGCACGAAGAGGCUGAAGCAGCUUCCAGAGCCUACGAGCAGCAGCUGGCCUCCAUGCUCGCAGUGCGUGAUUCUUUGCAGGCGCAGCUGCAGGCUGCAGUCCGGGUGCAGACCGACCUGCGGGAGCACCUGGACGCCGAGCGGGACGGCCGCGCAGAGCUUGAGGUGGCUGGUGAGCGAGAGCUCGUCGCCUGGGAGAAGAACAAGGCGAUGACCCACUCCCCUGGCACAGAAGUACAGAGUGUCCGGGAUGCCCAGAGGUUGCAGCAGCACUUAAACGCUGAGGCAGUGCUUUGCGAGCGCGAGGCCGCAGCUCUCCGAGACCGAAUGGAGGAGCUCGAGGAGGAGAUGCAAGCAGCUGAAGAAAGCCAGCAGCGCUGCGCAGUGGCGCUGGGUGCUGCAGGGUGUGAGUGGUCCCUUCUGCAUGAGGAGGCAGAGGAGGCAGAGCAGGCUGCCAGUGUCAAGAAUGCUGAGAUUCAGAGGGUGACCAGGCAAGCUCGAGAGAUCCAGGCCCAAGUUCACGGCGUCAAGGAGGAUAUCCUGCAAUGCCGGCAGGACCACAUGGCGCUUGAACUAAAGCAGGAGAGGGACUUCCUGCACGAGGAGGUGCAGCAGGAAGUCAAUCGCCAAGACGAUCUUUACAUGGAGCUUGACGAAGCAAGGCGGUCCCGGAGCUUGUUUCAGUGCCUUUUCCCACGGAAGACUUCGCAGCCACCGCUGCCACCUCCCAGCUCUGCUCCGCCAAUGAGGACCAGGCCUCAGCCACUACUAAGAACAGCUCCAACGUUCCAAGAGUCAAACAGUGGUGCCCGCCUUGGUUACAGCGAGUCUAAGUCUAUGACUAUUGGAAAUUUGGACUGGUGUGCUCGCUUUGCUGUGAUGAAUGAAGCUUGGGGGCAUGAUGCUGCGCGCAGCUUGUUUGAAAUCUGGCAGCGUGGACUCGAGCGCUCUCUUGGCCUGUGCAUGCUGCGAGUCCAUGAUGCGGCAGCGACGCAGGCGGCAUGCCAUCAGCACUGGGCAUUCAGAGUACGGCGCAAAGACCGCCGCAAGGACAAGGUGCAGGAGAUUCUUCCAGUGCGUCACUGA